CGUUUUAUCCACGCCAGAGGGGAUGAUUUUCAUAAGUUGAAUUUCACGUAGUAGAAAAUGUUAGUCACGAGUGAACAUUGUAAGGAAGUGCUUUACCGAAAUUGACUGCGGCGAGGACGACUGCUGUAAUCGCAAAUUGUGGCGUUUUUUUUUCAUUUUUUAUCCGACGAAAAUAAAAUUUAAAAAAUUCGAUUCGUAUCGGUUGUCGUGGAUUUCUGACUGUUGCUGUCAAAAUAAUGAUGAAUGUGAAUAUUGCGAGUUGAAUUAAUUCGUAGAAUUUAUUUUUCUGUAUUGGUGAUCGAGAGUAAAUUGUAGAAUUUUUUUCGGUUCUGAUAAUCGAUCAAACUGUUUUACUAUAAUAAUUGGUGUUACUGAAUUAUUCGAACGAUUAAGACGAAUGCGAAGACGACCACCGAGACCAAGAUGAUCACGAUAUUCGUGUAAACGAUAAGGAGCAAAAAAAAGCCAAGCUGCGCCCGAGUAUAUUUAAAUAAUGAGCGUAUCUCCUACCAGAUCGGAAAGGAGUUGUGAAAAAUCUCCGGAAAAUCUGAUAACCGAAUCGGCAGCGAGUAACACAACUACGGAACCGGUUAAGAAAUCGUCCAAAUACGUAAUGACUUGCGGGACUCCUUCGCCACCUCCGCCCAAAUCGCCGGCUGAAAUAUCGUCGACGAAAAAUGCUCAAAAUUACACUUCGUUUUCCAUAUCGAGUAUUUUAAGUAAACAAGAUACGACGACAACCACCGGUGGCGCGGAUAAAAGUCAUCAAGAGUCGAAAAGCACCAAUGCUGGACUGGGUAUCAAUGAAACCACGAAUUUAUCCACGUCCAACCAGUUACAAACGCCAGCUGGUUUUAUGUCUCAUAUCAGCGGAGCUGCUGCUGCUGCCCUGCAUCCGUGUUCAACCGAUUCUCUAAUGUUGUCAAGAUUGGGUUUAAUGACCCAUUUUGGGUUAGCUGUAUAUCAUUCUAUUCCGGUUUCUUCGGCUAUUAAUAAACAAUGGUACGAUGCGUGGGCCCAUCUACAGCAACCUGUUCCAGCUGCAAGUCCAACAGGCGAAUCUACGACCACAACGAACGAAGAAAACAGCCGAUGCAGCACACCACGCAGCAACGGCGGUAUCAAUACUAGUCACAGCUCGAAUGGAAUGGCCUCCCUAGGCGGCGAUCACGAGCCCCUAUCACCAAAACGCCACCAACAACACAGCCCUUUAUCAGUAGACGACACUCCACCAUCGGUGUAUCGAUCUUCCUCGGAAACAACCAACACAUCGAAUCACACCCUCUCGUCGAUCUUGGCCAACAGCUACGGCCACACCGCCGCCGAAUCGUUUCUCAACAAUAACCUACGAUUGAGUGGCUCAAAAGGCUACGCUUUUAUGCGAGACGUCGGCCAAAACACUCGCGUCGGAGGUGGCAUGAAAAGCGUCGAAGAAGACGACGACGAGAUGAUCAUCGAAAGCGAUGACGGCGGUGACGACGGAAACGACGAUUACGGCAAAGACGACGACGGAAGCGGUAAAAAAGAUCUCGGAAUGAUGAACUCGACCAACGCGAAACGAAAAAAGAAAACUAGAACGGUGUUCUCGCGAAGUCAAGUUUUCCAGCUCGAAUCGACCUUUGACAUGAAACGAUACCUGUCCAGCUCCGAAAGAGCCGGCUUGGCCGCUUCGCUACACUUGACCGAAACCCAAGUGAAAAUUUGGUUCCAAAAUAGACGCAAUAAAUGGAAAAGACAACUCGCAGCUGAACUGGAAGCCGCCAAUAUGGCACAUGCGGCCCAACGACUGGUUCGAGUGCCCAUUCUGUAUCACGAAUCGGCUGCCUCCGGUUUGCAUCACCAUCAUCAUCUCACCGGCGUCGAUACGAUACCGUCUUCGGCCAGUAUCACGUCUCAAGCAUCCACACCCCCUUAUCCUUCCUUAUACUAUCAUCAUACGGUGAAUAGUAAUCCGUCUCCGUCGAUACCGAAAACCUUACCUUCGAGUCCGGUCACGUCGAGAGCGCCGUUACCUAGUCUCGUGUAAAGCGUUGUUUACUUUUUUUGUUUUUUUUUCUGUUUUUGAGUUUGGAUUUUUUUAACGCGAUCUUUCUUCCGCGUAUAAGUAUUUUUUUCCUUCGUGUGUUUGAUUUUUUUCUAUGGUUAUCGAAAUGGUGUGACGUGUGACUAAUGGAAGGGAAUGUGGUGUGGAAUGAAAUAAUGUUUGCUUUGUUUUGAAUUUGGAUGUGUUCGGGUACUGGAGGAGGGGGAGUGCAGGGGAAAUCAUUUCCACUGGGCAUGGGUGGAUUAGAUUUUACAUCUUUUUCGAUCUUCGAUCCAAUCACCUGCGAGAUCAAUAAUAGGUACAUAUUUGAAUAUUGAGUGUUCUAGAAUAAUUGUAAAAUUGAAUCAAUUUAUUAAAAAAACAGGAAUUUUGUUUCCAUCAAGCUCUUUUUUUCCUCUCCUCAACUCAAACAUUUGUUUUUCUCGUAAAUUUGAUACCUUUUUUCAAGUUUUGAGAAUUGAUUAUUUUUUUGAAAAGUUUUCAAAAUUAUUUGCCUGAUUUUUUAUACAUUUCAAUAAUUGAUAUAUUUUUUUAAAAGUUUAAAUUAUUCUAAAUUUUAAAAAUUCAAUGUCGACAUUUUUUUCAUGUUCAAUUUUUUUGCUAAAAAAAUCUUGAAAUUGGUCGAAAUUUCGUUUUAUGUAACUCAAAAUUUUUUGCGUACCUACUUAUCCAAAGAAAAAAAAAUAGGAGCUUGCAAAACUUAUAAAUUGAGUUCUGUAUUUCACAAAAAUUGAUUUACUAACAAUAAGCAAAAAAAACUGUAGUGGCAAAAAAAAAAAUUGCUGAGUUUUCAAAAAUAUUGAAAAUAUUGAAAAAAUACUUUAAAGAAAUUUACGCUUGAAAAAUUCGAAAUUUGAAAUAGUGUGCGUGUUUUAUGAUCAACUGAUUCAAAAAUUAAAUUCAAAAUACUUACUUAUCCGUAUGAAAUUUUGCAUGAAAAACAACAGGGACGAAACUAAAGUUUUUUUUAUGGGCAAUGUCUCCUAAAAAUUUGCUGACUGGCCUGAGCAAAAAAAUAUCUGCAAAUUUUGCCAAACGAAAUGGCUAGUUUUUGAAGUUGAAUAAGAGAUGAAAUGACAGUUUUGCCGAUUGGUAUUUUUUUCGUUUGAAUUUUGGGAAGAAUGAAACAGGAAUUUUUUGAUUUUUAUUUUGGAAAAGAAAAAGAAAUUGGCCUGUACGCAGUUUUGGCAUUUCAGAGGGAAAAAAAGCAAACAGACCUACGCAACUGAAAGUAGUAUGUAGUUUGCAAAAACUUAUAAUUCAAGAAGUGAAACAACAUUAUUUUUUACAAAAAUUUUGGCAAAAUUUUGGCAAAAUUUUGGCAAAAUUAUAAAUAAUUUGUCAAUUUUCCAAUUUUUUUUGAAAAAUUUCGCUCAAAUCGUUAAAAUUAUACAUAUCUUGGCAAGCUAAUUUUUUGUGGCCAAUUUUUCAAAUUUGCAGAAAAAGUCAAAAUUAUAAAAUUUUUUGAUUUUUGUUGUCAAUUUUUCAAAUUUUUUAACAAAACAUUUUACUCCAGUCAUAAAAUUUGCCAAUUUUGAACAAAAUUAUGAUCAAUUUUUGAAAAAGUGCCAACUUUUUCAAAAUUUUCAAAGGAGUGGGUUCCCUUACCCCCACAGCUCCUCCUCACAGUAGUUUCAUCUGUAAACUUGUAUUUUCGGGGGGGGGGGACCUGAACAGGCAAAGGAGAGAGAGCAAAAAAAGAGUGAGUUUCAGUCGUAAAAUUUCAAAAAUUGGCGAUUUCCUUUGAAUGUUAAAAAAAAAACAUUUUGAAUCUUAGAAAUUGAAGUUGAAAAAAAAUUGACCUAUUUUGUCAUAUUAUUUAUAAUUUUUUUGCUCAAAAAUUGACAAACUACGAGUAAUAAACUAAGUAAUUCGAAAUAUCAUUUCCAUGUAACGAAAUUUCAUGUGGUUAAAAGAUGGAAAAUUGAGAGAAAAAAACAAAAUAUGUAACUAAAAUACGAAACCACGAAACCAAAUAAAAAAUGUGAAAAUAUUGUCGGAAUGGUUGAAAAUAGGUAGCUAAAAAAAAAAUCAUUAAAAAUUGUCUGAAAAUUCACGAAUUUUCAUUUGAAUUAUUCAAACUAGCUGUUGUGCAAAUUUAAAAAUUGAUUUGUUACUAUUUUUUUCAUUAUGAACAUUUGAAUCAGAAUUAUUGCAUUCUAGAAGCGGAAAAAAUCAAGCUUACUUACGUAAAUCCGACCAAUUGAUUGAGAAAUUUUAGAAGAAGAAAAUCCCACAAACAUCUCAUUUGACUUUAAAUAAAAAUAAUAAUUUUACAUUUUUUUCUCUUCCUCAAAAAUGAAGGUGGUCUCAAGUAUAGCAUAUUGGAAACUUACCCAUUAAACUUCUGGAAAGAGAGAAAAAUGUAUCCCCCUCCUUCCUUGAAGCAUUACCUAUUCUUUAAUAAAGGGUAUAGCGAAUCAUUAACUACUACUUUUAUUGUUUUUUGAACACUUUGAUUGUUCUCAAAUGGAAAAUUUUCACUCGAACUUAAUCACUCUCUUGAAACAAAUUUCUCUAUAAUUGGACUGGUUGAGAAAGGAAGGGGUGUGUGGGUGACUGAAAAUUUCAAAUCUUUUACUGUAUCGUUUAAUUCUUUAGAAGAAGCUGAUUAUUGUCGUUACUGUUGAAGUGUUUUUUUUAAACGUACGUUCGUAUUUAUAAAUUUUUUUGUUCCCCUUUUUUAAAAAUCUUAUUUUUUUCUUUCGUCUAUCGAAACGUGUAAUUAACGAUGUAAUUAACUUAAUUACGAAUUAAGGUCUAUAUAGAAUAUCGAUUUAAAAAAAUUUUCAAACAUAAAAAACGAGUAAAAAACGGUAACUUAUCGCUUGAUUGUGUUGUAUGGCGAAUUUUUAAUUUUUUUUUAAGCGUUGAUCGUCGCUUUGUUUUUUUUCCUACUCAUAUUUUUUCUUCAUCGUUUGUUUUUUUGUUUUUCUUUUAUCUUUUUAUGUUGAAGUUACCAUGUAAAUAAACUUUAUUGCAUUUUACAUUCUUGUAAUAUUUUAGCUGAAUUAUAUGUAAUUACGAAAUUA